UGGAACAGAAGGAUCGACGUUGGGGUAGAUAUCUUUUCUGUUUUUAUUUUAACAUGCACCCGAUUCCCAGCAGUAACUGCAACAGAGUAUUUGAAGAUCUGAAGAUGGAAGUUUCAAAAUCAACAGAUGAAGGCCUUAUGCUCGAAACGUCAACUCUCCUGCUCCUCAGAUGCUGCCUGACCUGCUGUGCUUUUCCAGUGUCGCACUUUUCGACUCUGACUCUCCAGCGUCUGCAGUCCUUACUUUGACGUCCAUGUCUGACAGUCACUCAAUCCAUCGGGACGGCAACGGUUUUCAACUAUGAGUCUGUGAGAAGGAGCAAAGCUUUUUGGUUCCUGUUUGAGUACGUUUUCAGCAUCAGUGGGACUGGAUUAGAGACCCUUCCAUUGCAGUGCACUGAGUGUGGAGCCUGAAACAGUUAUACGGCCUGGAAAGAGGAAUUCACGGUGGGGAGGGGCUCCACACGCGUUUGUCAGUGGCUGAAACUUCGGCCAUGGAGAAACCCGAGGAAUCCCGUCCCGUGGAGGAACGAUGGAAGUGUGGCGACUGCAAGAAAGGCUUCCAUUUCCUGUCUGCCCUGGAGAUUCAUCGGCGCAGUCACACUGGGGAGAGGCCAUUCCCCUGCCCUGUCUGCGGGAAGGCGUUCAGCAAUUCCACCAACCUGCUGACCCACCGGCGGGUCCACACGGGGGAGAGGCCCUUCAGCUGCCCCGAGUGCGGGAAGGCCUUUGCCCAGGCCUCCAACCUGCUGAGGCACCAGCGGAUCCACACGGGGGUGAGGCCGUUCCCCUGCUCUCAGUGCGGGAAGGCCUUCAGCAAUUCCUUCCACCUGCUAACCCACCGGCGGGUGCACACAGGGGAGAGGCCCUUCAGUUGUCCUGAGUGUGGGAAAGCCUACAGCAAUUCAUCCAGCUUGCUGACCCACCAGAGGGUCCACGCAGGGGAGAGGCCCUUCAGCUGCCCCGAGUGUGGGAAGGCCUUCAGCGAUUCCUCCAACCUGCUGAGGCACCGACGGGUCCACACGGGGGAGAGACCCUUCGAUUGCCCAGAGUGUGGGAAGGCAUUCCGUGAUUCCUCUGACUUGCUGAAGCACCAGCGGGUCCACACGGGGGAGAGGCCCUUCAGCUGCCCCGAGUGCGGGAAGGCCUUUAGCAAUUCCUCCCACCUACUGAGGCAUCAGUGGGUUCACACAGGGGAGAGGCCCUUCAGCUGCCCCGAGUGUGGGAAGGCCUACAGCAAUUCUGCCCACCUGCUGACCCACCAGCGGGUCCACACGGGGGAGAGGCCGUUCAUCUGCUCUCAGUGCGGGAAGGCCUUCAGCGAUUCCUCCACCCUGCUGAGGCACCAGCGGGUCCACACGGGGGAGAGGCCCUUCAGCUGCCCUGAGUGUGGGAAGGCAUUCCGUGAUUCCUCCUCUCUGCUGAGGCACCGGCGGGUCCACACUGGGGAGAGGCCCUUCAGCUGCCCAGAGUGCAGGAAGGUCUUCAGCGAUUCCUUCUACCUGUUGAGGCACCGGCGGGUCCACACGGGGGAGAGGCCCUUCAGAUGCCCUGAGUGCGGGAAAAGCUUUGCCCAGGUCUCCAACCUGCUGGCCCACCAGCGGACCCACACCGGGGAGAGGCCCUUCAGCUGCCCCAAGUGCGGGAAGGCCUUCACCCGCUCCUCCCACUUGCGGAGCCACCAGCGAGUUCAUGUGCCAUCGCAGGGGGAUUGAAGGCACGACGGCUGAGUGCCUUUACCAACUGGACUAUCAACCCAGUUCCAGUGGCUCCCGAGUUCGAUUCCCACCGCGACAGAUGGUGGAAUUGGAAUUUGGUCAGAAAUCUGGAGUUCAGAAUCUAACAGUGAAACCAUUGUCGGUGGGGUGGGGGGUGGAAGAAAACCCCCAUCUGAUUCACUCAGUUCUUUUUUAGAGAAGACUUGAGCAGUUAUUAGAGCAGUCGUCCCAGCUGCAUCCUUUACCCGGUCUGGCCUACACGUGACUCCAGACCCACAAUAGUCUGGCUGACUCUACGCUGCCCAUCCAACUUACUUGGAUACAGGUUGAAAUUGCUGAGUGAGGCAAUACUUCCUCCAGGUUAAGGCUUUACCAAGGCUCCAAUUACAAAGGGACAACCCAGUGGUGACCAAUAAUGAAGAAAGUGAGGGGUUGCACUUUGACCUUGAGCUAUUUUGAAAAAAUUGCUACUUUUGCUGCACAGUACUGGAGCUGUAAAUCGGAUUAACUGUGAUUUCCCUGAGAACCCUACAGUUUUAACAAAUGUCCUUGACAUGGGAAGGUGAGAGGCACACCGCAACUGUACACAAGUGUACGUAGCUCCAGUACCUAUCAUCACCGGUGUCUGCUGACCCUCUAUAUUAACUUGUAUUACUGGUUCUUGAUCAGCCUCCCAUGCUACUAGACGGUAGUGCCCCUUCCCACCCAGGUUCGCAGGGCAUCCCUAACACAUCCCAUAUGGGCCUAUAGGUGUCUGGGAAGUGGGCACUGGGGAUUCCCGCCAUCUAGGCCCACUGUAGGGCAGAGGGGGGUCCGGUCCAAUAAGGGCAAUUCCUCCUAAAGUGGCCUGGUUGAUGGCAUCCCCAGCACAUCAUUUCUGGCCCCCCUUGAGCCUGAUUAUUUAUCAUGUACCAUUCCUCGGUCCCUGUCCUUGAGGACUCCAGUUCUGUUUCGGCUGUUGUUUAAAUCUGCCCUGCCCUGGAUAAGUCACCUGCAGGAAAGUUUCUCUUAAAACCCUCCAUUGCUGGCAUGGGACUUUCUGGCCCCCGUCUGGUUACCUGAUGGGAACCCCUUAGUGCUGGCACUUGGUUCACGCCAAUGUUGAUUGCUGCUGUGUUGGUUCUUACUGGCAACACCUUUUUAGUCUUUUUUUUUCUUUUUAAGCUCUUCGAGCUGCAUUUGCGCUAGCUUCCUUUGCACCUCCUCCUGCUGUUCAGACAGUUUCUCUUUGUCUUUUUGAAACCUUUCAGCUGCAUGAGCUACAUGAUCUCUCAAUUCCUGGUGGCUCAUUGAUGAUGUCAGACCCACCACCUCCUCCAGCCUUGACCAGACUUAGAACAUACAACAUAGAAAAAUACAGCGCAGUACAGGCCUUUCGGCCCUCGAUGUUGCACCGAUCCAAGCCCACCUAACCAACACUAGCCCACUUUCCUCCAUUUGCCUAUCCAAUGCCUGUUUAAAUGCCCAUAAAGAGGGAGAGUCCACCACUGUUACUGGCAGGACAUUCCACGAACUCAUGACUCGCUGAGUAAAGAAUCUACCCCUAACAUCAGUCCUAUACCUACCACCCCUUAAUUUAAAGCUAUGCCCCCUCGUAAUAUCUGACUCCAUACGUGGAAAAAGGUUCUCAUGGUCAACCCUAUCUAAAGCCCUAACCAUCUUGUACACCUCUAUCAAGUCACCCCUAAACUUCUUUUCUCCAAUGAAAACAGCACCAAGUGCCUCAGCCUUUCCUUGGGAGGGCAUUGCCUCUGAUGGACUUUCGGAACAUUGUGGUCAGUAACUGAUUAGACUCUAUGCCUUGCUCUGUUUCCAGCCUCCAUUUCUUUAACUGUUUCUCCAAGUAGGCAGCCGGGUUUUCACUUUCUCCCAGUGGGUCCCCCCUCAGAGCCUGGGGGUCCAUUUUGGGUGGAUAACAGGCUCUUAAGGCCUGCCAUACAUUCUGUCUCACUUGAUCAAACCCGACCCCAUCAAUCAUUGGAUUGUCUGCUGCAUUUUUCAAGCGGGUUCGGACCAUUAUUUCCUUUAACUUUCGGGAGCCCUACCAACCUCACCAGCAGUGCCUUCAAGUUCCCCCAUAGCCAGCAAUCGCCCUGUGGUUUCAUCUUCAAAAGCCCUGAUCCACUUUCCUGCUCCCUCAUGUAAACUCGGCAGCGCAUUCUUCAGUCUUUCCAGAUCCUGAGUUCCCCAAGGCAUGUAGGGUGGGUUUCUCUCCUAUUUUAUGAGCGGUAGCAUCCUUCCUUGUUGGCCCUUUUUCCCUUUACCAACACUACUUCUCAAUAAUUCUCCCUCGGGCUCUGAGUCCGAUGCUAUUUCUAAUUCCUCCCAUUCUUUAGAUACUGGGACAUUUUUCUUUCCUGGUCUCUCAUCAUCCCUUUCUGCUUGUUUUGCGUCACUUUCACAGCUUUUCUCUUCAGCCCUCCUUUCAUAUUGCAAUGAGUAUUCCUCAAUUGCUUUUUGUUCCCUUAGCCCACGCAGCACACUAAUCUCAUGUUUCAGCUCUUCUUGCUCUCAUUGCAUAGCUUCUAUUUGCUCCUGCCUGUCCCUUUUUUCUCGCUCUGUUCUUUCCCUCAGUUCAUUUUUGUCUUCCACACUUCCAUACCAUUCUAACUGUCCCUCUAUUUCUACUGUUCCCUUUAUUACUGGACACUGCUUCAGUGCCUCUUCAUUAAAGUAGGGAGGAGGUCUAUUCAACUCCUCCACAUCUGGGCGGCACGGUGGCACAGUGGUUAGCACUGCUGCCUCACAGUGCCGGAGACCUGGGUUCAAUUCCCGACUCAGGCGACUGACUGUGUGGAGUUUGCACGUUCUCCCCGUGUCUGCGUGGGUUUCCUCCGGGUGCUCCGGUUUACUCCCACAGUCCAAAGAUAUGCGGAUUAGGUGAAUUGGCCAUGCUAAAUUGCCUGUAGUGUUAGGUAAGAGGUAAA